UUGCGUUACAUUUAAUAAUGAUUUCACUCAUCAAUCAAACAAAACCUUUUGUAUUUGAUUUUUGGUUCUUCUCUCUCUCUCUCUAUCGAUUAGAUCUCUGAAUACGAAGAUCAUAAAAGUUUUCUGAAGACGACUUUGUCAUGUUUUUGUUCGAUUGGUUCUAUGGAAUCCUGGCCACGCUAGGCUUGUGGCAGAAAGAGGCGAAGAUCUUGUUUCUAGGUCUCGACAAUGCCGGAAAAACAACUCUGCUUCACAUGCUCAAAGACGAGAGAUUAGUUCAGCACCAGCCAACACAGCAUCCCACAUCUGAGGAACUGAGCAUUGGCAAAAUCAAGUUCAAGGCCUUUGACUUGGGUGGCCAUCAGAUUGCACGUAGGGUCUGGAAAGACUACUAUGCCAAGGUUGAUGCUGUUGUGUACCUAGUUGAUGCUUACGACAAGGAGAGGUUUGUGGAGUCAAAAAGAGAGCUUGACGCUCUUCUAUCUGAUGAAGCAUUAGCUAGUGUCCCUUUUCUUAUCCUUGGGAACAAGAUUGAUAUUCCUUAUGCAGCCUCUGAAGAUGAGCUCAGGUAUCAUUUGGGUCUCACCAAUUUCACUACCGGUAAAAGCAACGUGAGUCUUGGAGAAUCUGGUGUUCGUCCCCUUGAGGUCUUCAUGUGCAGCAUCGUCCGCAAAAUGGGAUAUGGUGAGGGCUUCAAGUGGCUGUCUUACUACAUCAAGUAGGAAACCAAACAAGCAUUGGUGAUUUGCUUCACGGUUUUAUGAAUCAGACAUCUCAAAUUUUUUCCUCUUUGAAAAGACAAACUGUUUCUCUCUUGUAGUUUCCUCUUAAAGUUCUAAUACUAUAUGUUAAGUCUGAUGGCUUACAACUCUAAAACAAAAAUGUGAUUCUGAUUGUGAAGUAGUAAUCAUUAUUAUUUCAAAGAA